UUCUGGGGAGGGGGAUGUUUUAGUUUUCCCCUGUCAGUCCUGGGGGUGGCUGAGCAAAGACAAGCAAGUGUUCAGCACCAUGACCCUGGGCAUGUCUCCUCAGUUGCAAGGACAUCUGGGUGUUGUUUCUUUCAUGAUUACGUUUGUUUUCAUAGGAAGUGUUUUAUCUUAAUCAGCUUUGGGUAGCAAGGUUCAUUCUCUGUGGGCAGCCAGAAGUGCAUCAGGAAGUGAGAAAGGAGCAGAGAUGAUCUGCAGCAUGACAGAUGUAGAACUAGAUAUGGUGAGGUAGAGGAUGUCUGUGAUUUGGAUGAACAGGUAGGCAAAGAGCCUGCCUGGUCCUGUUUUGAUUCCAGCUGCUUUCAGUUUUGGUGCCUGGAUCAACAGCUUUGCAGUGACGGCAGUCGCUAUCGAGCAAGCCUGCGUGCACCUUUGGCUCUUCACCAGCACAGAGGAGUUGUGCUGACAACUGGCAAUGACCCUCCAUCGCAUCAGAAUCCCCAUAAGCACUGGAAAGAAUUGCUGAACUAGAGGCAGAAGCUGACUCUAGGUGACUACAUUACCACCCCUGCUAGAUGACCACAGAGCAGCAAUCCAAAGCAAAUUGGAUGAAAGAGAGAUGUGUCCAUCUACCUCCCAGCUCCAGAUAAGGGGAAUGAUCAGCCUGUGGCUUCUUAGAGGGGAAUGACUUCUCUCAGAGCUUUUCUUUGUGCCUCCUUAGCCCACCAGCAGGCUCAGCCACCUCAGCAUCACCCUCCUCUGAUCCCCACUUGGCAUGUCAGCUUCCAAUGCAUCUCAGACAUGCAAGGAUUACACUUUCAACCACCACCUGCUCCUGCCUGGCUACAUCCUGAUCUUCAUGACAGGUUUGAUGCUGAAUGUGAUGGCCCUAUGGAUAUUCAUCCGCUACCUGCGCCUGAAGUCCGUAGUCAUGAUCUACAUGUUCAACCUGGCCAUGAGCGACCUCACCUUCACACUCCCUCUGCCACUGCGACUCUACUACUAUUUUAACCACCACUGGCCCUUUGGUAACACCCUGUGCCAGGUCUCUGGCUCUGUCUUCCAGAUCAACAUGUAUGGUAGCUGCCUAUUCCUCAUGUGCAUCAAUCUGGAUCGCUAUGCUGCCAUUGUUCACCCACUUCGUUGGCGGCACCUGCGGCGCCCCAAGAUAGCCAAGCUCCUUUGCCUGAUUGUCUGGGUUGUGAUCUUCAUAGGCUCCAUCCCCACAGCUAUAGUUCACAAGCAAAACCACUGUGAGGUACAGAACAAGACCAUUUAUCUGUGCUUUGAAAGCUUUAGUGACAACAUGUGGCAGAAUAACCUCUUCCCCCUAGUUGUCCUGGCUGAAAUCUUGGGGUUUCUCUUGCCUCUCAGCUCUGUGACAUACUGCUCAAUUCGGAUCUUUCAAGAGCUCUACCGGAACAGCCAGACAAAGACCCUGCGACAGCAGAAGACAGUCCGUCUCCUGUUGGUCAAUCUGGUCAUCUUCAUCAUCUGCUUUGUGCCUUAUAACACUACCCUGGCAGUCUAUGGGAUGAUGAAGGCCCGGGUGAUUAAGGUUGAGAAAGAAACACAGGCCUCUGUCCGCCAAGUGUUAAUUAUAACAAUGCUGUUGGCCAGCAUGAAUUGCACACUGGACCCCUUGAUCUACUACUUCAGUACUGAGGGUUUCCGUAACACCUUUAAGAAACUGCGGCGGGGACAAGCCUGGGACUCAGAAACAGCGGUGCUUAAGAAUCAGGUUGUGGAGCAUAAGCCAACCCGAGACCAUGCUGUCUCAAAAGUAAAGCAGUUCUCAACUGAAAAUGAUAUCCAUCCCAAUGAAUCUUUGCCAUCACUUCCUACUGCAGUAUUUUUGAAUGGCCCUAUUGAGGACUCAGAAAUAUAAGCACAGAAAGGUCAUACCAUUGCAGAGUCACCCUUUCACUGAUUACAGCUCAGGUAGCUUAGCAAACUGUUUGAGGGAGCAUGGCAGACUGUAUGUGGGUGAAGGUGAUGAUACAAAACUGAAGGAUGAAUGGCUGUUUUGAAUAAACAGAGCUGUCUUGGUGACAUGGUCUCACCUCACUCUUUUGGUACAGGAAACAAGGGAACAGGGACUUGAAACAAACCUAGUAUGCUUCAUUUUGAGUCUUAAAUCCAGCUUGGGGCACCUAAGUAAGUGUCUUAAUUUUCCAGAAGAGAUGAAACAUUUAGCAACCCUUGUUGGGGUCAGUUGAGUGUUUCGUACUCUUGCAGAAAACAGGUUCCUAAUUGUAUAGAGAGUCACAAACCUUAGCAAAGCAACCUUUAGGAGGGAUGUCAAAUGUGCUUGUGCAGCCAUACGCACACAUGCAGCACAAUGGCCAUACAUUUUCCUAAAGCAAAACGGCUUGGGAAACACUAGCAUACUUAAAAAUACACCCAACUUUCACAAUGACCUCAGGAAAAAAAAGAGAGGAUACCAAUACUGUUGUCAUCUGUGAAGCUCACACUAACAUUAGUGCUUUGCACUUUCUUGCUGCUCAGCCACAGGAUAAUUGAUUUCAGGUCUGAGUGAUUUUCACUGUUAAAGAGAAAUGAUGUCACAGAAUGAGGCUGCAGUGCAAUGUAUUUGCUUGCACUGCUUGUACAUGCUUCUUCAGCCCUCGCUCCAUGUGAAAGCCCCAUAAAUCUUCCCAGAAGAGAGAUCCAGCUGUACAUAGGCAGUGACAGAAACCUGUUAUUCACUCCUGCUAGUGAACAGGGCAGUCGCCUUUACACUUGUAUUGUAAAACAGCUUCUCUGUGGCUUCCAGCAGGACUGAGGCUACCCCUGUUAAAGGAAAAUGACAUGAAAUGCAGUUCAGGGUGAAGUCCUGGUUCUUAGACUUCUAAAUUAGCAGUUCCCUACCUCAUAACUGCUGUGCUAUGUAUUGCAAUGCAUCACAGUUUUGUGUUACAAAAUAAGGGACACAGCAUUUUAAAACCAUCUUUCCAGUCUCCCUUGAAGACGCUUCCACAGGCGACUGUAGAAGCAGGUCUUCAAAAAGACCUAUAGAAGAUGAUAAACCUCUCUGCAGAGAGAUUGUUGUGCCACAGGCUGCCCUGGGAGACAUAUGCCCUGGGUAGGCAAGCUCCAUCCCCUUUCUGAGCCUUGCAGCCAGCCAACCAGCCUUGAAAUAUAUCUGCAGAUGAAGGACAUUUAAUGGUGUCUGAGAGAUGCGGUGAGGGAGGUGGAGGAGGGCUUGCAGGGCAGGAGGUAUUUCUAUUUUGAAAACUCAAGACUACCAUGUGAAUGUGAAUCAUUUGUGACAUAGUACAGCUACAGAGGAAAGAGAGCUGUGUACGUAUCUUCUGCUAGGGUCUGAUGUUACCCUUUUGUUCUGUGAUUUACAGGGUAGCAAAGUGGUAUUACAGUAGCAGCACUGAUGCCCAUUUUCACCCCUUCCUCUUUCCUGCCUUCCUCUUUCCUAGACCCCUUUCCUUGUCCCUCUUCCUCUGGUCCUUUUUCCCUUCCCCAGAUCUAACCCACCAUGUACCGAAGCAUCAAUACAAUGCCUUCACUGCUGUGUUUUCUUCUCUGCCCAGAGAAACUCUUUUUUUUUCUUUCCUUUUAUCUUGGCUACAGCACUGUCAUAAAUUCAUAUGAAGAUUUGGGUUGGAAGGGACCUCUGGAGGUCUGUACCUGCACUCCCUGCUCACAGCAGGUUGCUGGGGGCAGUGAGGGCUGGAUGCCCCCCAAAAGAACAGCACCUAAGAGCCAGGCAUGGUAAGAAGGCAGGCAGAGGGAGAGGCUUUCGCAGCAAGGGUAAGCAUGCAAGCAACGUGAGCAAGGCAAGUACAGUGACGACAGCUGGGUUCAUCAGAGAAUCCAGAUCUCCAGACAAGCCUGCGGUGAUGAGGCAGGUCCAAAGUCAAACUAAGAAGUUAAGUCAGCACCAGGAUCAGCUCUGGAGGCAGUAACCAGGGUGACCCACAGUCCAGUGAUCGCUAGACAAGUCCAUCCUGACAAAGCAGGUCUCAGGUCAAGUCAGGAAGUUGAUCCAUCAGUCUGGAUCGACAGUGCAUGGUCAGGCACAGGCAAGACUGCUUGGGCAGGAUGCAAGGGCAAGAGCACCAGCUUAAAAGCAGUUCCUGGGGCAGGGGGUCAGCUCUGGCUGGAGCUCCAGCAGAGCUUUCUGGAAACUCUCCCCAAAGUCACCAGAGGGCAGGGGCAGCCCUCAGCAGCACUCUCUGAUCUGGCCCCAGCUCACCCUGCCAAAGCCCCUGGAGCAGGGAGGAUGCAUUCAGCACUCCGAGCUAGUUCAGGUUGCUCAGAGCCUUGCCCAGGUCUCUUCUGAGCAUCUGCAACGAUGGAGGUUCCACAGCCUCUGGGACACUCACAGCAGGGCUGAAACAUGCCCUGGGGAAAGGCUUUCCCUAAUGCUCAGCAGGAACCUCCCUUGCAAGUCAUGACUGUUGCCUCUUGUGCUUUCUCAGGGCCACUGUGAGCAUACUCUGGCUCCAUCUCCUCUUGGUAAGCUUGCCAAGUAUGAAUGAAAUGUCAGGUGGCAGACACCACUCCUUUGGAAGAGGCUGCUCCUCUGCCAGAGUUUCAGCAUCCUCCUCAAAACACAGUACCGAACUUCUCAAAAAGAACAUCAGAAAACAUAAUCUUUUCUUACAGUUUCAUCCCUGAAAAUAGCGGAACUAUUUUUACCUGGAACAUUUUAUAAAUAUUCCACUUCCAGCCGAGGAAAAUUUAGCUCAAAUAUUUUGACAAAAUUAUGAACAACUGAAAAGCUGAUCUCUUAAUGAAUCCUAUGAAACAGUUUAACAAUAAAGGGGGAUGCUGAUCAUGCUACACCGAGCAGAAAAGCUCCUGACUUCAGGGUUCUGAAACCUUUCCUUAAUUGUUAUACAUAGGCAAUGGUGUGCCCGGUGUGGGAUGUUGCGUUUUGUUCUUUGGGUUUUCAAUCUGUUUCAGCUUGAAUUGGUUUUGCUUCAUUUUUGAGGAUUCUAGUCAAAUUUAAUUGCUUUGGGUUCUGGGUAUUUUUCCUGUCUGACAGAGAGAACCAGUGUUAGGUAGGUCUCCUGCUUCUGCAUUUUUUGCCUUUGUUAGCCUGAUUUUUUUAUUCUGUCACGUGGUGAUAAGAAGAGAACAUGCAUGUACUGUCUCUUAGGGAAAUGAGUCACCCUAGCCUGCUUUAUAGCUUCUGUUUAAUGAUUAUGUAUAACAAAAAAUCCAAGCAAACAAACCUGAAAGCCCUACACUAUGAUGGAGUCCAACAAUACCAAUUGCUACAGAAUAGAACCACUUGAAAGCAUGGAACAGGAACAAACUACACAAAGCAAUCAUAUUCAGUAAAGGAAAGCUAAAGGGGAAUAUUAGCUCAGCAAAUCUUUUUCAACCUGUGUAGUUGACCCUCUACAUCCUACUGCGGUAAUUCCUGAAUUAGUGUUCUUGCUAAGAAUGUCAGGGGUAAAAGAUGUCAUUUGCUGCUUCCCUGCACUUCAUGUCAUUCACAGAUGUGAACAUUAAACAAAUGUCUUCUUAUCAAGUAUGACUAAACAAGUGAAAGGUCAGAGAGAUGGCAAAGGAGCACCGAAUGCUUAUUCUAUAUGGAUCAGACAGGGUAUCUGCAAAAAUGCAUAAAUGCAUUUGCAUGUAGAGUCUUUUGAUUUCCAAAAGAGACUAACAAUCACUUCUGGAAAUGGUUCCUUAUUUGGAUUAUAGAGAAACAUUGUGACCACUAACCAUGAUCUGAAGUGUAUUUUAUACUUUCUAGAAACCCACUGCCAUUCUGGGUUCUGAAAGUCAGUUUGAAAAGAUGUUUCAGAAGUCCUAGAACAAGCCAGACAUAAUCUUCAAAUCCUUUUUACUACUGCUUGUAUGCCUUUCACCAUGCACUGGCUGUACGCCUCCCACCGCUUCAUGUAUCCCUCCAACAAAACAUGUAUUUUGUAUUACAGACGCCCCAAGCAACUUAAGCAGUGCCUGCUUUGAGCUUGGGAGGAUAUCCCCCUGCCUCUGCUCCCCCUCCUUCCCUCCCACCCCGAAGUCGCUGGGAGUUGAAACAGAUGUCCUCCAGAGGUCCUUCCAACCUAAAGAAAUGUGUGAUUCUGACCUGGUGGUUUAGAUGCUGACUUGCCAUCCCAAGCAUUUUUUCAGCUCCUUCUUUAUCAUUCCCUCUUAAAGCUGUUCUUGCUUAGAUUACGCUUUGCGUAUCCAGCCUGACUUCCAGCUGCAGCUGGAGUCCUUGAUCCUGCGGAUCCCGUGGCUGACAGCCUUAAGUCUAAGCUUUACGUUUCAUGAGCUCCUUUUGAAGCCUUUCUUUCAAACUCUUGUAUUCUGCAAUGCUAACAGAAUCUCGGCAGAGGCCAGACUGUCAC